GUUGAGCUCGGGCUGGCGGGCUGCGACGAGUGGCGGCGGAGUGACUCUGCCAAGGGGCGGACGCCAGCGCCCGGCUCUGUCGGUUUAUUUCUAGCUGUGUAUUCUUUUGGACAAUUGAUGAUAUCAACCACAGUUCCCAAUUUCUGCAACUAGAAGAUGGGUGGAUUAUUUUCUCGAUGGAGGACAAAGCCUUCAACUGUAGAAGUUUUAGAAAAUAUAGACAAGGAAAUUCAAGCCUUGGAAGAAUUUAGGGAAAAAAAUCAGAGAUUACAAAAAUUAUGGGUUGGAAGAUUAAUUCUCUACUCCUCAGUACUCUAUCUAUUUACAAGUUUAAUUGUAUACUUGUGGUAUCUUCCUGAUGAACUUUCAGCAAGACUUGCUAUGACACUCCCAUUUUUUGCUUUCCCAUUGAUCAUCUGGUGCAUAAGAACAGUACUUAUUUUCUUCUUUUCAAAAAGAACAGAAAGAAAUAAUGAAGCAUUGGAUGACUUAAAAUCUCAGAAGAAGAAAAUUCUUGAAGAGGUCAUGGAAACUGAAACUUAUAAGACAGCUAAAUUAAUUCUUGAAAGGUUUGAUCCAGACUCAAAGAAAACAAAGGAGUUUGAGCCCCCGUCUGCUGGAGCAGCUGUACCUGCAAGACCUGGACAAGAGAUUCGUCAACGAACUGCUGCUCAAAGAAAUCUUUCUCCAGCACCAGCAAGCUCUAGCCUGGGCCCUGCUCCUCAAGGUCCGGUAUCUCCUGGACCACCAAAAGACUCUUCAGCUCCUGGUGGACCCCCAGAAAGAUCUGCGACUCCAGGUCUGUCAUCAAGCGUGAUACCAAGACGUCUCGGAUCCCCUGCUACUUCAGUACCUGGAAUGGGUCUUCAUCCUCCGGGUCCACCUUUAGCAAGACCUAUUCUUCCCCGAGAACGAGGUGCUCUGGAUAGAAUAGUUGAAUAUUUAGUUGGUGAUGGUCCACAAAACAGGUAUGCCCUUAUAUGUCAACAGUGCUUUUCUCAUAAUGGAAUGGCUUUAAAGGAAGAAUUUGAAUACAUUGCUUUCCGAUGUGCCUACUGUUUUUUCUUAAAUCCUGCAAGAAAAACCAGGCCUCAGGCUCCAAGACUUCCAGAGUUUAGUUUUGAGAAGAAGCAAUCAGUGGAAAGCUCAGUUGGUCCCUUGCCUUCAGAAAAUGUGGUUUCAUUAGAGAACCAAUCUGGUGAAGAAUCUCUAGAAGAACCUGAUGUUCUCAAUAACAGUAUAGAGGAGACAGAUGAAAAAAUAUCAGAUACAGAGCAGUCAGACCAAGUGAUUGAUAAAGCUUCUGACACAGAGGAACUAGAGGAAAAGCCAGAAGAGACCAAGAGUGAGGACACCUCAGUGAAUGAAGCCAAAUCAGCAGUUCCCAGAGCUGAUUCCACUAAUCCUGAAUUAAGCAGAGAAUCUUUGAUGACAAUGUAGUAAAUGCUUCCGAGUGCCUUCAACUGGAUAUUUAUAGCCUUGUUGAUGUCUGUUACUGCUUUUUUAGGUGGUGCUUUUUUUUUUCUCCCCCUCUAAAGAAAUGCUUGUUAUCAUUUGAAUUCAGAUUGUCUAUGUCAACAUGUCAAUGUUAUGUUUUCUGGGAAUUAAAAGUAGAGGCAAAUGAUAUCAGUAAAGUAAGGGUUUUUUUUUUUAAUGUAUGAGGACCCACACUCUUUAGAUAGCUUUUAGGUUUUUUCCAUUCGAAAAAAGUAUACAAAUCUGAUAACAUUCUUGUUUUCUAUAUGUGACCUGUAAAUAAUAUCCAUUUUGACACAGGAAGAACUUCAAUUAGGAAUGAAUUCUAAUGGAUUUGUUUUUGAGGAAUGAAAUGUAAUAUUUUUAAUGUCUUCAUCAAAAAUGGAUAGAUUUAAAUUCUACAGGUAUUCACCACUGGUUGACUGGCUGGAGGGAGGGGUGAUGUCUAUUUAAGUAUUUACAUUAAGCGGUAUGAAAGUUACAACUGUAACUAUAUAGGCAUUGGUACGAAUUCUCAGUAAGAAUGCAAUUAACAGUCAAGCGCAGUGUUUCUUUUUGAUAUCUUUUAUUUUGCAGCUGGGCCAAAGGCACACGAUGUAUAUAAUUAGCUUAUGUUUACAUAUUAACUUAUAGGAAACAUCUCUGCACUUGACUGUACUUGAAUUCUGUAGCAUUAUUUAUAUUUGUAAAAUAAUGAUAUAUAAGUGAGUUUUGUGCUCUGUGUUUUUUUGUUAAGGAAAAAAAGCUGAUAUGGCAGCAGUUUUUUUCUUUUUUUUGUUAAUUAUCUGGACUUUUCCAAACAGUAUUUUGGUAUGACUUGGCUACCUGAAUAUUUUAGUAGGGAGAGCUCAUGGUACAAUAUACCUGUAGAUUCUGCUGAGAGCAUAUUAUUAUGCUCUUAUUCAGAUUUGUUGCCUUUCAAAUUCAGGGAAACAUUUACUUUUGGGGAUUCUGAUCAGAUAUUGAGCUUUCUGAUUCAGGAACAUGUUAGUCCAUUAGUAAUUUUUAAUUUUAAGAAAAUAAGUUUUGUGAAAAUAGUAAUUGAUUUUAGUUCCUUGGAUUUAAUGUAUAUAAAAGAUUACUGAAAAAUAUUUGGAUUGAUAAUGGUAAUUCUUAGUUCUAAAUACAUUGUGGUUACCUUUCUGACUUUUCAUCUUUCUUUAAUAAAAAAAUAACAUUGAAAUCAAGUUAUGCCAAAGGGAGGAAUGCAUUGGAAUGGUGGAUGUGGCAAAUAUUUCCAAGCUGUAAGCAGUUUAUUAAAAACUGAAUAAAAUAUUUGUUAUUAAAAGUU